CAAUAUGGUAUGCUAACAUCCCACAACAAUUCCCCAAUUGGAAUUACUUGCCUAAACUUCCAAUCAUACUUAUUUUCUAAUAUCAACCAUAGUUUCUGCACUUAAGGCAGACUUGCCAUUAGAACAAGAUGGAAUUAGGACAACUGUAAAGCUCAUUAAACGUAGGCUAAAAUGAACCUUACCUGGCUGUCGUCAGCCAUUAUGUGUAGCCCGUUAAUUAAGGCUCUGAGCCUCUGAUACUGCAGCUGUUCUGAUAGGCUACUGUAGCUGUUCUGUAACUGUUAAACUAGUCUAAUCGUAUCCGUUGGAAACUGGUCAGUGAACCGUCCUCAAACACAAUGAACUGAUGUCAAUAUGGACAUGAACCUUCACAUAAAGAUAUCAAAUACAUGACGUCAGAUAUAUCGACAGUCCAGCAGGCAUCAGCUUUGUAGCCAAGUGAUAAUAGUGUCCAGAAGGCAGCAGUAGAUGGAACAGGGAAGGCGCCAUUACGCUAGCACGCGGGCUACACGGCGUUUAAAGUUAGUAGCCCUCCGACGGGGGCCGGUUGAAGGCACAGCGGAUGGAGUAUUCGUCGGCAGACCAGUCGUGGUGGUGCGGCGGGGGGCCUUGUCGACAGAGAAUCCAAGCCAGAUGGCGAAAGAGGUAGUACAGAGAGAUGAUGAUGAUCCCCAGAGGGAGGGGAGGGAGGUUGUUGAGGAAGAACCAGUGGCCCAGCUCAAGAAGGAGCCCAAGAAGACAGGAAAGAUGACAAAGGAACAGCUUGCAAAAUUGUGCAAGACCAUUGUCAACUUCAUUGCACAGACCACCCUGCAGAUCCUGCUGCCGGCCCUGGCCCGCAUUCUAUGGGUGACGGGCUUUUAUGACAACGCUGACACACUCGAGGGGUGGAUCCUUCACUGCCUUUGAGCAGAAAAGACUGGAGCUCAUCCAGGAAGUUAAAUAUUUGGCGAAGUAACUGUGGCGGCAGGGUUCUCCGACCAAGGUCUAGCACACCCUCUUCCAAGAGGUACUGUAUGUUCCCCAUAAUGUGUGUGUGUGUGCAGUUAAUCCUAACCCUCAAACUGAUGAACAAUAAUUUCCCCAUUUCAAUAUUUUCCAGCUUUCUAACAGGUGUGUUUUGCAAUAUCUAAUGCACACAUAUAAAUUACAUUUAGAAUACUCAAUUAUAAUGCUUGUUAGAUUUGUUAGCACUAAGAUAUCGAUUUUCCAACUUCAGACAGCAAUUAACAUGCUUUGCUUGUUCAUUUUAAAGUUCCCAGACCUCACUGAAAGUCCACCUGGGAAUGCCAGAGGACAGUAUCAUCAGCAGUGUCCAGGAGCAACUGUCAAAAUCUGACCAAAUGGUGGCUGCAGGACAGCUUUCACAAAUAGAUAAAGUGGUUGGAACUAUGCUGGAGAACAUUGAGAAGAUAAGCAGCGAAUGUGGCGAGGAAUUGGUCUAUCAAGAGUCACUGCGGUCUUCCUCCUCGUUGUCAUUCUCAACUGCCAAAUCACAGAAGACAGAGUGGGAAUUUGCACUCCCAUUCCUUCUGAGUUACCCGAGAGUACUGCUCAGCCCAUUGUAAGAUGCUCAGUCAUUGACAUGAGCGAAUCUACUAAGCCAAAAACAAUGGUGUGUGAUGCCAGAACAAGCAUGUUUGCCAUAGCCGAUACCAUCAUGAAGAAGGUAUAUCCAGAGGCAGAAGGGCAGGUUACAUCUCACCCUGAUCUAACAGAUCCAAUAGCUAGACUGGAGGAGCUCAUAUCUCAGGGUAGGAUUGGUGCUCUCUCCCGUGAUCUCAGUCACCAAGUCAACCGCAUAAUUUCCGAUAGCAACUUGACCCCUCUGGGACUGACAGUGGCGGCUGGAAAGAGUGCAUCUGAUACCAUCCUUUCGAAGCUGAAGAGGAAUGACAAGGUGGGGAAGCCCACAACUUACGAGCUGGUUCAGCUGUUUGUAGAGGAGUCUGUUAAGUGCCUCCUGCUUCCUAGUUUUGUGCCCUAUUCAACUUCAAUGAGUUUGGCUCAGGGGGCCAAGGUGUUGGCUAGAGUGUCUGAAGAUAGAAUUUCAUGCUCUUCUUCUUCAUCAGUAUUUAGUGACACAGUCAGUCUCUUUACCAAAGUUAUGGUAAGCCAGGUCAUGUACUCUGUGGAUUCUGAUGCAGAAAGUAUAGGAUCCUCUCCAACUGAAUCUCUCCAAACAUCUGAAACCACUAUAUCUGAUGUAGGCAAUCUAUUGAGUGGCAAGUCCUCCCCUCGGCUGUCUCCUUCUGGCACCAUUAUGGCAACAAGCGAGACCUCCAAUGCAGCACAAAUCUUGAAGGCCAACAUUGAUGGAGAGGAAGUGGAUACCACCAGUCAUUCUGGUGUAGCUCAAAACAUUGUCAGGGACGAUAUGUCAACCAGCCCAGACAUGGUCAAAGAUGUCACACUUCCAACCCCAUCCUCUGAUAACUUGGGCGGUGAUGAUGACGUCACCGGCCUCAUCAGCAUGUUAGUAAUGAGAAUUCUAACAGAAAUCCAAACCCCAGCAGAAGAUUACCCAGUUGACGUCACACGCAAGUCACAAGACCUGAUCCCUAAAGUUAUGGAGGUCUUCUGUGCAUGGUCAGGCUGCUCUGAGACACAAGCCUAUCCAGAGAACUUGAGGAUUCAUAAAGUCUACAGAGUCGUCUAUAAAAAUCUGUUGGAGGAGUUUGGCUCGGAGAAAAUCCUCCAACAGGCCGUGUCGACUCAGGACUCUUCAUUUGAUAGGAUUCUUGUCAAGUCUUUGAGUGAAGCGCUUCUCCACAGAUGUAAUGAGGCAUUGAGGGCAGCCUCAAGAACAUCAGUCAAAACCACCGGGCCUAAGGCUUUUCCACUGGCUGAGGAUGUGAGGGCUAGCAGCGGGAAACUAUCUUUUCUACAAAGGCUGGUCAGGCUGACAAGCAACUUAAAGCUAUUCAAGAAGGGGAACAAGAAGGAUUCCCACCGCUCUGAAUCAGAACAAGUACAGACCACUGCUGAAGAUGGCAUGCUGCCCAGCAUAGUGCCACAUGCUGCCAUGUCUGCACUGCCAAAGGAUCUCCCCGCCAGCUCCCAACAGGAGACGCCUCAUAAACGUCCACUUCUCGUCAGGAUGUUUUCUGCCAUCUCCAAAGGCCUGUUCAAGCCCUUCAAACAGUCCUUAAAGACCAAGUAACUUCAGACAAUUUAUUAAACGUCAUUCAUUGCAUUAAA